AUGGACCCGUUCAACACUGCCGCUGCCGCCAUAGAUCUCGUUCAGCUCACUGCUGAGAUUGGCAAGCGUAUUUUUGAGUACGCUCAAUCUGUGGCUAACGCUGAUAAGGCCUAUAUCACACUCCAGGAGAAGUUGAAGGGCAUAGAGAACUCCCUCAAGCUUGGAAGCGACGCGCUUCGAUCAGUAUCAAACGGGGAUCUCUGCGGCCCUACUCAGCAGCUCUUGAGCAGUCUCAUGUCUCCGGGUGGUGCAUUAUAUGACUGCAACGUCAUGCUCACUCGACUGGAGACAGAGCUUGAUAUCUCAUACAAGACACCCACGCCCCAAACGACUCGUGCUCGCCUGAAAUGGCCGCUCAAAGAGAACAAAUUGAAAGACCAUCAUAUACUCCUUAGCAUCACAAUGGAUUACUGCAAGCCUAUCUUCCACGGUUCAGUCGAUGACAAGGGAGGGAUGCUUCGGUGGUAUACCAUUCUGCCUGGCGUCAGCUGGUCUUGGUUCAUAACUAAUUCAACUCAACCCCAUCUUAUGGCAUUAGGCAAAUCAAAGCUGCUAGACUGGCUGUCUCCUCUUCAAAGUCUGGAAGGAAAGCUCGACACAGCCAUUCAGAAGCGCGAUAGCAACACAGUGAAGUGGUUUUUCGUACACAAAUCCUACACAGACUGGACGCGGAGAGAAGGAUCCCUGUUGUGGCUCCAUGGAAUACCUGGAAGUGGGAAGACAAUACUAGCGUCUACUAUUAUACAAAAGUUGCAAGGGCUAUCGGGCAAUGCUCGUCUUGCCUAUUUCUUCUGCGACUUCAGUGAUCCAAGCAGCAAGGAUCCUGCAGUGCUGAUGCGUACCCUGACCCAUCAGCUUGUUCGAAGGAUGUCAGACCAGGAAUGCACGGAGACCUUUACUGAGGCCUUUAUACGCAUACGCGACGGUUUGCCUCCUCCCAGUCACAUCCACGCUUUGCACGAGACACUGCUAGUCAAGGCAAUAGGGACUCAACAAGUCGUCAUCGUCAUCGACGCACUUGAUGAAUGCGAUUCAAGAGAAGGCCUGUUGCCGAUUCUUUGCGAGCUGGCGAAGAAUCCCACACUUCAUCUAUGCGUGACAUCGCGUUACGAUCGCGAUAUCGCCACGGCCUUCACGAAAUUCUCCACGAUCUCGCUUCACGACGUGACCAGCCUCAUGGGGGAAGAUUUUCGGCGUUAUGUCUCAAAGGCAAUGCAUAUUCAGCUUGACCGUCUGGACGCAUGUCGCACAGCGAAAGCAUUCAACGACGCUUUGAACAGCCUUCCGAAGGGUCUCGAUGCCACAUACGAGAGAAUAUUGGACGGUGUUAGCCAGAAGGAUGACAUGACGUUACUCCAAAAUGUCUUGAAGCUUUUGGUUUCUGCCCACCGCCCUCUCCCACUAUCUGAGAUUGCGGAUGCUAUCAUCGCUGAGGAGGAUGAAUCGACAUGGGAAUCUUCAGACAUCUGGUCCGCGUCGAUUGAGGUCUCUGGGGAGUCGAUCCUGAAGACUUGCGGUGCUCUCGUUCACCACAAUGUUCGUACUGAUGCGUUGACCUUGUCGCACUAUUCUGUAAAGGUCGGUGAUAUUCACUCUGAUUCGCAUAGGCAAUAUCUCAAGUGCAUCGGAUUCUACGCAUUGGAAGAUGAGUUUCUGUGCGAAGACGGAACGGACGCAUCUUGGUACGGCAUUGAUGAAGAGGAUGACGGAACGGAUGCAUCUUGGUGCGGCAUUGAUGAAGAAGAUGACGGAACGGACACAUCUUUGUACGGCCUUCAUGAAGAGGAUGAUGUCACCCUUGCGGAACCUAACAUGGCAAACGAAGGCGCAGAGCGACCUUCUCUCGCACGGCGCAGCUUCAAAUUCACCUAUACCUCAGGAAACGACUGCAUCACACAUCCCUUUGUCACCUACGCCUUCACUCAUUGGCUCGAUCAUGUCAGAGAAAUCGAGAUCGCCCGCCCUGAACUGGCGCAAGAUGUACUGACUUUCCUUCCGGAUUCGAGAUUUAAUCAAAUCCGUUCCAAGUGUCUUCUUGAUUUCGUGUCCCGCCAUUCUCUUUACUACAUUCCACUAUCCUGCGGGCCCAUCGCCUUGCUUCUGCGCCAUGGACUCGUGCACACAAUCCGCAAACUUGGCGACACCCAUCCACAUCUUCUGGAGGAGCUCGACAGCGACAUCUCCAAUUACGGUUCUUUCCUCAUGCUCGCAGUAUUCUCCGCCAAUCUCACUAUGGCGGAAUCUCUCCUAAAUUUAGGUGUUGAUUGCGACAAGGUUACGUCGAAACAUCACAUAGCGGGCGACCCUAUUUCUGCCCUAUGGUUGGCUAUCGAGUAUGGGCACGAUGAAAUGUUCACUUUACUUGUUCGUGCCGGCGCCCGACUCGAACUUCCCGAAACACAUAUAGAUGGCUACCAUUCGAUUGUUGGACUAGAUAACGUAUGCGUGCACUUCGAGGUUUUGACCAACUAUCAAUACAAACGUAUCAAAAUCGCGCGAGGCCCUUGUAAUAUCUCGCGUGCCCCGCAAGGCUCGUGGUCUCCUGGCCAGGUCCUUAAUCUUGACCUCAGUUUGUCGCAAGGGUCAAAGGUCGCACGAGGUUUCCAAAAAUGGCGAGGCUGGGGGUGCCUUGUCGGCCACGCUUGCACGCUCGAGGUAUAUAAGCACACUAUGUCAAGUUCGCAAGGCAUCGCGCUCCUUGUCUUUCCCCGUAACAGAGUUGUUCAGAAUCAUUCAGAAUAA